UCCAAUAUAUUGUGAUUUACCAACAAUCAAUACUGAACAACAAGAAGAACAAAUUAUAGAUGCUAAACUUAACACUGCAUAUGGACAAGCUAAUAUAUAAAAUUAAAGAAUUAACAAUCUACAAAAUAUCCCAGUAUUACUUUUACUAAGAUUGACAUGUAAUCAUACAUGCACAUCAUGUGCUUAAUUGUUAUGAUAGCAUUAGUAACCACACACCAUAGUAGUUGAGUAGGUGUAACUGUUGUUAGCACAGAGAAGAGAGAACAAAUUUGAGUUGCUUGUUGUUUAUAAUCAUAGAAGUAUUCAGUUCUUUAUUUCACUCUAAUGGCUACUGCUGGUAUUUACUGGUGUCUUGUAUUGACUGAAUGUUUGAGUCUUGCGGUUUCUACUAUUACAUCAUAUGAACAGUCACCUCCUACUGCUUGUCCUGGAGAUAAAUUAGUGUUUGCUUGUGUGACUGUUACUGAGGGAUCUGUCAUAUGGAGAUUAAAUGGGAACAAUUCACAAGCUGCCUUACUAGCAAAUGACUCACCUCCUUCAACACUUGGCAGUUUUUCACUUAAAGUAACACAGUAUAACAUUGCAACAUUAGAAAUAGUUAGCACAGCAACUAGUACUUCUGCUCCAGUGUCAUUAAAUGGAACAAGCAUUGACUGUUCUGGAACUGGAGGAGCAUCAUAUCAAAGAAGGUUCAUUAGUUAUGGAGAUGUACCAGAAUCAAUUAAUAAUACAACUAUAGAUCCAAUAAACAGUAAUGCAUUAAUCAUAAAUUGGAGUGCUUCAGGAUCAUGUAUAGACAACUAUACUGUUACUAUAAUUAGCAACAGUACAUUUAAUGAAUCCAGGACUACUAACAACACUAAUAUAACUAUUGAUACUCUUAUUAUUGAUACUAAUACUACUAUUACUGGACUAUCUCCUAUUAAUGAAUACUACACUGUUACUAUCAUACCUGUUAAUGUCAUUGGAUAUGGACCAUCAGUCACUGUUAAUGUCAGUAUAACCACUACUACAUCAAGUAUCACUAACAUUAUGAUGAGUACUACUGAGUAUAUCACAAUGCAAGAUAAAAGCUCAGCUAUGACAGCAUUACCAACAAUCACAGAAACACAAUUAAUUACAACAACUGAAACAAUCAGUAGUUGUCCUGACACUAUUACAUCAUAUGAACAGUCACCUCCUACUGCUUGUCCUGGUGAUAAAUUAGUGUUUACUUGUGUGACUGUUACUGAGGGAUCUGUCAUAUGGAGAUUAAAUGGGAACAAUUCACAGGCUGCCUUACUAGCAAAUGACUCACCUCCUUCAACACUUGGCAGUUUUUCACUUAAAGUAACACAGUAUAACAUUGCAACAUUAGAAAUAGUUAGCACAGCAACUAGUACUUCUGCUCCAGUGUCAUUAAAUGGAACAAGCAUAGACUGUUCUGGAAAUGGAGGAGCAUCAUAUCAAAGAAGGUUCAUUAGUUAUGGAGAUGUACCAGAAUCAAUUGAUAAUGCAACUAUUGAUCCAAUAAACAUCAGUAUAACCACUACUACAUCAAGUAUCACUAACAUUAUGAUGAGUACUACUGAGCAUAUCACAAUGCAAGAUAAAAGCUCAGCUAUGACAGCAUUACCAACAAUCACAGAAACACAAUUAAUUACAACAACUGAAACAAUCAGUAGUUGUGCUGACA